AUGCUUUACCAUCCAUCCAAAACAAAUACUAAUGCUCCUACUCGUCUUAGAUGUCACGUUUGUUUAGAACCCGUUUCUUUGGAGAACUGCACGGCUGCACAAACUCUCCAACUUUGCGAAACGGGUUUUCGCUGCUACAACCUACAAGCAUUUGACACUGCUCAGAACAGCUACAUCUUUGCUAAAGGAUGUCUUCCAAGCAUUCUUUGUGCUCAAAAUCGCGGAUGCGAUUUCCUUAACUUAUCUCGUAAUGGCUCCAUUGAGUCCUGCUUGUUUGAAUGCUGUCAUACGCAAGGGUGCAAUGCUCAGCAAAGUGCUUCAUCAACGACUCCACCUCUGCCGACAACCACAGAACAACCCUCAACUGCUGUGACAAUUCCUGUGACUCCAUCAGGCAAAUGCGGUGGUUCGCUCUCUGCUUCAUCUGGGACCCUUUCAUCUCCAAAUUAUCCCAGUAAGUACCCUAACAACGCUGACUGCACCUGGAUCAUGUCUGUACCACAAGGAUCAACGUUAAAGAUAAAAUUCGUUAACUUUUAUACAGAGCGAAGAUAUGAUUAUGUCAAAAUAUACUUGGACCGACGACUGCUUCGUCGUUUGACUGGAAGUCUUCGAAAAAGAGAUAAAACGAUUUCCAUUAAAGGAACUGGCAAGAUAAUACGCGUUAUUUUUAAAUCUGACCGCAGCGUUACGAAGAGAGGGUUCUUUGCCCAAUACAACGUGAUGCUAGCACGCAGCUGCGGAGGAACCUUACCUGGCUCCUCGGGUAACUUCAAAUCUCCUAAUUACCCUGCAAGCUAUCCAAACGACGUCCAGUGCAAAUGGACCCUACAUGUCCCACGUGGAGCAGUGCUGAGACUGGAUUUUCGAACUUUCGAAACUGAACGCUGUGAUGAUUACGUGAAAAUAUACCGAGGUCGUCGCUUGAUUCGUCGACUGACUGGUCGGUACGGCCGCUAUGGCAGGUAUAGAGGCGGAAAUGAUAGAAGAUCUGUGUUUCAGAAUGAUGACGAUUGUGAUGACGAUGAUGAUAAUGGUGACGACGAUGAUGAUGACGAUGAUGAAGACGAUGACGACUAUAACGAUGAUAUAAAUGAUGAUGACAGAAAUAUCCUUCACGAAAAUCUUGAUGAUGCUGUUAGUUUUUCAAAGAGAAAGUAUGGUAGAUAUAACCGUGUCCGACGAGCAAGGAACCGCUAUGGGUCUCGGGUAAGAAAUCGCAAAGGGUCCCAGAUUAAAGGCCAUCAACGAUUCUCGUUUGUUGACCGGGUGACUGUUCGGGGAACGGGCGAGAAGAUAUCGAUUAUAUUCAAAGCGGAUCGACGGAAUACUGGCAAGGGCUUUUACACGACGUAUUUUGUUUCAAAAGCUCAUUCUGGCCGUUGAGUUGUCGGAUCUUCAGAAAAGUGUCCCCCAUGGAAGUUUGCCGAUGGUCUUAUCAAGUUUUGAUUUUUAUUGUACUUUAGGUUUCCUCCAUAUUCACUGAAUGAUUUUA